UGCCGGUUCUCUGCUCUUCCCUGUUUUUUCCCCUCUUUUUUUCUUUUACUCUGGAUAUGGAGUUCAGAGGUCCACCGACUACCAGCAUCCAGCAGCAGAUGAAGAACCUCCACAGAUCACCUGGAGCUCCAGCUGAGUGUGCUUACCUGCAGCAGCUUUGGGAGUAGUUUCCUCCUGAGUUUCCUCCACACCAAAGUGCUGCCUAUAUUUUGCUGUUUAUCUUCUUCUGUUGAUUUUUUUCCUGUUGUUAUUUCAGCCUGCUGUUCAGCAGUUGCCUCAGGCUCUGAAGUCUCCCUCCUCCCCCUUUCCUCUGUCACUCGCUCAGCUGUCAGUCCGUCCGUCCCUGUCAGGAUAUCCCCUUCCCUCUUUCUAGGGUUUCAUAAUACACUAGGACCUGAGCCAGGUCUGAGCUGUCAUUCAGAGGCUGGGGUGGAUUUCAUUCUUCUGUUUGUCAGAAAACUGAAAGCUGACAAGUAAUAAAUGUUAACCAACACAGAGGAGUUGUGGAGAUAAUGGAAGGCCACAAGCUACACAGAACCUAACUUUGGAUGAGCAGACAGACCCACAUUUGAUCCUUUUUGAGACUCUGGCAGUGACUGUUCUUUUGAGUUUUGUGCAUAUGUGUGUUUUUUGGAUCUAUUGGAUUGCCAGUCAUGGGGAAUGCAGCAGGAAGCCUUGAGGUUUCUCAGGGAAAGGAUGGCAAGCCAUCGGGCCCGGGGUCCACAGGGCCCCAGAGACAAACAGCCGGAGCGAAACUCCCGAUGCCACCUGAAGAAGAGCUGGAGGAACGCUUCAACGCUGUGCUGAACACGAUGAAUCUUCCUCCAGACAAGGUCAAGAUCCUCAGCCAGUACGACAGUGAGAAGAAGUGGGACCUGAUCUGUGACCAGGAGCGCUUUCAAGUGAAGAAUCCACCAUCUGCUUACUUGGAGAAGCUGAAGAGCUUUGUGGAUCACGGAGGAGUCAGUCGAAAGUUUAGGAGACGGGUCCAGGAAUCCACACAGGUCCUGAGAGAGCUGGAGAUUUCCCUGAGGACCAAUCACAUCGGCUGGGCUCAGGAGUUCUUAAAUGAGGAGAACCAGGGUUUGGACGUUCUUGUGGAUUAUCUGUCUGUCGCCCACAGCGCUGUCACGUAUGAGGUGGAGACUGUGGACAACGGCACUCUGCCCACAGACAAAGGCAAAACUACUGACAAACCAGGGGAAGAUCUGAAAAGAAGUGCCAGCAACUCACCCACACACAGCGCCUUGAAGGGUGGCAAGGCCUUCACAGUCAGAAAAGCCUUGAGGAACUCGCGUGUUGUGAGCCAGAAAGAUGAUGUUCAUCUCUGCAUCAUGUGUCUGCGUGCCAUCAUGAAUUACCAGUCGGGGUUUAACCAAGUGAUGAAGCAUCCCUCCUGCGUGAACGAGAUCACGCUCAGCCUGAACGACAGAAACCCGAGGACUAAAGCUCUGGUGCUGGAGCUGCUGGCGGCCGUGUGUUUGGUGAGAGGAGGUCAUGACAUCAUCCUCGCCGCCUUUGACAACUUCAAAGAGGUUUGUGGGGAGAAAAACCGAUUUGAGAAGCUCAUUGAGUAUUUCCACAAUGAAGAAAGCAACAUCGACUUCAUGGUUGCCUGUAUGCAGUUCAUCAACAUUGUGGUCCACUCAGUGGAAAACAUGAACUUCAGAGUCCACCUCCAGUACGAGUUCACGCAGCAUGGCCUGGAUGAAUACCUGGAGAAAUUAAAGUUCACAGAGAGCGACAGGCUGCUGGUGCAGAUUCAGGCCUACCUGGACAACGUGUUCGAUGUUGGCGCUUUGCUGGAGGACGCUGAGACCAAGAACGCAUUGCUAGAACACAUGGAGGAACUGCAGGAACACAACGCGCAGCUCACCAGCAGACUUCAGGAGACCGAGACUGAGGCGAUGGAGAAAGCCUCCGAGCUUGAGAAGAAGCUCAUUCAGACCACCAAAGAAGUGGAGCUCCUGAAGGAGAGUCUGCGGGAGUCUCGCUCGCAGGUGAUUCUGCUGCAGCAGCGAGAGCAAGAACGUGAGCUCAAGCAGGAGAAAGAACAAGACACCCAGGCCCUGAAGGAGCUCGAGGUCAAAGUUCAGGCUCUGGUGGACCAGGGUCUUGUCCAAAUGGGGCGCUCUUCCUCUGGACACCUAGCUGUUCAGGUGGUGCAGCAGAACAAGAAGCAGAAAGCUGCAGAUCAGGUUGAUACAGGAAACAACCUUCAGGCCGUUCCUACAACAGAAGUUCCUCCACAGUCGGUACAAGCUCCUCCUCCCCCUCCUCCUCCACUUCCAGCUCCAUCCUCAACCACAGCUCCACCUCCACCUCCUCCACCACCAUCAGCUCUCCUGCCUUCUGGAGGCGGUAGGACGGAGGCGUCAGCAGGGACCUCAAACUGUAAAAAGAAGAAGGCCAUUCAAACCAAAUACCGCAUGCCGCUGUUCAACUGGCAGGCCCUCAAAUCCAACCAGGUCGCAGGAACAAUCUUCAGUGAGGUGGACGACGAGUGCAUCUUAGAGGAGCUAAACAUGGCUGCCUUUGAGGAGCAGUUUAAGACCAAAGCCCAGUCGACCCCUGUAGAUCUGGGAACCCUAAAGAAGAAAAUGGCCCACAAGAGUCCCAGUAAAGUGUCUCUAAUGGAGCCCAACAGGGCCAAAAACCUGGCCAUCACCCUGCGUAAAGAAGGAAUGGCUGCUUCUGAUAUCUGCUGUGUCAUUGAGACGUACAACCUGAAAGCUCUGAGCCUGGACUUCCUCGAGCUGUUGGAGCGUUUCAUCCCCACAGAGUAUGAAAUGAAGCUCAUCCACAACUACGAGUGCGAGGGCAGGCCCCUGGACGAGCUCAGCGAGGAGGACCGCUUCAUGGUGCGCUUUAGCAAGAUCCCGCGGCUUUCCCAGCGCAUCAGCACUCUCACCUUCAUGGGCAAUUUCCCUGAGAGCGUCCAGCUGAUACAGCCUCAACUGAAUGCCAUCAUCGCGGCCUCGAUGUCCAUCAAGUCUUCCACUAAGCUGAAGAAAAUUCUCGAGAUCAUCUUGGCAUUUGGAAACUACAUGAACAGCAGCAAGCGAGGAGCAGCAUAUGGCUUCCGUCUGCAAAGCUUAGACUUGCUGUUGGACACCAAAUCUACAGACCGAAAACAGACACUGAUGCACUUCAUCGUCAACAUCAUCCAGGAGAGAUACCCAGAGCUGCAAUCCUUCCCCACAGAGCUGCACUUCCUGGAUAAGGCGGCACUUGUUUCUGUGGACAGUAUCCUGCAGGACCUUCAGGCUCUGGAGAGAGGCAUGGAGGGGACGAAGAGGGAGUUCUCCAUAGAAAAAGACAAUCUAGUGCUGCAGCGUUUUCUCAACACCAACGUGGAGCUGCUCAAUGGUCUCAUAGCCGAUGGAAAGACCGCACAGGAUGCUUAUGACUCAGCUGUGGAGUACUUCGGAGAAAACCCCAAAACAACGCCGCCCUCUAUGUUCUUCCCUAUUUUUGUCAGAUUCAUCAAAGCGUACAAGCAAGCAGAGCUGGACAUCGAGCAGAGAAACAAGCAACACGAGGCUCCUUUAACUCCUCCUAAACCUGAAGUCAUGGGGAACAAGGGUCCCAUGAUGCCCAGACCGCCCCAGAUGGACCUGAUAGCAGAGCUGAAGAAGAGGCAGAUGUCUCCUUUGGUGAGGGAGGGGAAAGACGGAGCCAUCGAGGACAUUAUCACAGAUUUGAGAAAUCAGCCGUACAGACGGGGGGACGUCGGCCGACGCAGCGCCAAGUGGAAACCAGGGCAACAGCUGCAGGUAUCCUCAGACAUCUCCCUCUGAAACACAACAACGUGGACUGGGUUCAUCAUCGUGGCUUUACAAGCACAACGCAUUUGACUCACUAUGGUGACAGUCUUAUCACUCUCAAGCAUGUGGACGAAUGCAGGGGUGGAAAUGCAUGCACGAAGAUCCCUAAAGAGACAAAAACAUAAGCUAAUGCACACACACACACACACACGCACACACACGCACAUUUCUGCUGCAUUAGGGCGCCUCUCUGGAUAAACUUCAAACUGACUGUAGAAAUGUUCUGUGAUUUGAGUGAUUAAAUGUUAAAGAGGGCGAAUUAUUAGCUGUACUCAGCGCUAAUGACACUGGAUGCCAUCCGAGGUAAUCAAGACAAUUACAUGGAAGAACGAGCCACUCAGCUGAGAGGUAACACGAGCGCUUCAUUACUGCCGCUAAGACAUCAGAGCCUCACCAGAAAAUUCAUCUUCAAAGGCAAAAAGCUGAUAGACUCGUGGAUCAUUUUGAUAUUUUUUUAUUAGUUUUAGUUUAAACAGAAUUUUAAUCGCAGCGUCCCAUCACUCUUUCCGUGUCUGCAGUAGGUCUCAAAAAUUAUGGGAAAGAUUUAUAAUAUAUUUAAUUUAUUUUUAUUACUGUGUAAGUACAAAAACAGCAAGCUUCUACUUUGCUUCUGCAUUUCAACAAAUAAAACAUUUUAUACUGUUCUGGGGUUUUUGUCUGUUUUAUUUG